GUCGACUGGUCUGGUUUGGCGAUAAAUCCAGUUUUAGGGAGGUGGAGGAAGGCAGCGAACUACAGACCAACAAGAAACUACGCCAAGUUUGUGUAAAAAAGAUUUGAUUACAAAUAGCUACAUUCCUACGAUCUUUCCACAAGUUUACUUUAACGGAUUUUGUGUGGCAACAAGGUGGUGACAGACACUGAAAGGAAACUGCAAACAACCAAACCAGGGCUGGAAUCAGAAUUCUGAACAGUUCUUUUGAAGAGAAUGUUUCCAAUGUUGUCUCUCUGCUCAAUAGUCUGGCUAAAUCGGGGAUCUAAAUUGAGGAAAGUGCUUUGCUUCUCAAACACAGGCCAGCUCUGACUUCAAAAAAACUUUUGCCAUUCAGGCCAACCAUGCCUCCUAGCUGAUAUUGCCCAAGUGUGUUCCACCAUCUUCACAAACGCACUCUUGAUACUCCGCGUCGUUCAUCAACUCUGUCAGUGAGUCACCGGUCAACAUCUACAGUCUGCACAACAUGGCAGCUGAGGGCUUCCAAUUCCGAUCACUUUAUCCUUACAACAAAGAUCGUGAGGAGGACAUUGACCUCCAACCAGGGGACAUACUGACUGUCGCUGAAGCGUCCUUGGCCUCCCUGGGUCUGAAGGACGGGGACCAUGAGCACCCGGAGCGUUUGGGCUGGAUGGUGGGAGUCAACAAGCGCACCCAACAGAUGGGAGACUUCCCAGGCACCUACGUUCAGUAUGUGGGACCUGUGACCAUGUCCUCGUCGUCCAGUCAGCCUCGGCAACAGAGACCCCUUCCAGCGACGCCCAGGCCUCAGCCUGUCCCGGCUCAGCAAGGGACUUCAGGUUGUGAACCAACCCUCAUGUGCCCGACAGAAAAUACACCCCCUGCUAUGGGGAGGUUGGUAGAGGCCAUUGACAGGAAAGGUUUGGAGAGUGCAACACUAUGCAGCAUGUCGGGCUCCUUGGCUGCAGGCAGUCACAGGCCUGACCUGAACGCUGAGCUGUGGGAGCCUGAGAUGGGCCAGUUUGAAGGCCAGGCGCUCUCCCAGGCCCUGGUGGGCUUCCUGCAGAACCUGCCCUCCCCUCUCCUCCCGGAGUCUGUGUAUGCCAUCCUGAAGACCAUCAUCCUGGAGGAAAAAGAGCUGUCUGUAGAGGAGACGGACAAGCGCUUGGUGAAGGCCCUGGGGCCGCCCGCUGUUCCUCCCCAGAACCGUGUCACGCUGCAGUACCUCCUGAGACACCUGGAGAGGGUGGCCCAGAGCUCUGCUCACAGCGGCCUGGAUCGCCACGCUCUGGGGCUCCUCUUCGGCCCCCUGCUCCUGCCCCACCAGCCUCCCUCAGGGUCAGAGAAGGAUGGUCAGAUAUUUGCUCAGGUUUUGGAGAGACUGCUGUUAGUAAGGAGCUGGGAGCCGGAAGAACAGAAGCCUCCAGCGCUUCCGCCCAAACCCUCCAAGAGCAGAGCUGUUGCACAUUCGACUGCCAUUGAAGAUGGAGGGAAGCUAGCUAACGAGGAAGUGGGGUUGCUAGGGGAUGCAGAAUGGUACUGGGGGGACAUCUCCAGAGAGGAAGUAAAUGAAAAGAUGCGUGACUCACCCGACGGCACGUUCCUGGUCCGAGACGCCUCCAGCAAGGUGCAAGGAGAAUACACUCUCACUCUGAGGAAAGGAGGUAACAAUAAGCUGAUCAAGAUCUUCCACCGAGGGGGCCAGUACGGCUUCUCUGAGCCGCUGGACUUUAGCUCAGUGGUGGAGCUGAUCCAACACUACCACCACGAGUCCCUGGCCCAGUACAACCCCAAACUAGACACACGGCUCCUCUACCCCAUAUCUAAAUACCAGCAGGACCAGGUUGUGAAAGAGGACAGUGUCGACGCAGUAGGUGAACAGUUGAAGAUCUACCAUGACCAGUACCAGGAGAAGAGUAGAGAAUAUGAUGCCCUCUACAAGGAAUACACUCACACUUCUCAGGAGCUGCAGAUGAAACGGACCGCCAUUGAGGCCUUCAACGAGACCAUCAAGAUUUUUGAAGAGCAAUGCCAGACCCAGGAGCAUUAUAGCCAGGUGUACAUCGACAAGUUCCAUAGAGAGGGCAACGACAAAGAGGUUGAGAGAAUCCAAAGUAACGCAGACAAGUUGAAGUCACGUGUGGAUGAGAUCCACGACAGUAAGAGAAGGCUCGAGCAGGAUCUGAAGAGACAGGCUUCGGACAACAGGGAGAUCGACAAGAAGAUGAACAGCCUCAAACCUGACCUCAUGCAGCUCAGGAAGAUCCGAGACCAGUACCUGGUAUGGCUCACCCAAAAGGGCACCAGGCAGAAGCAGAUUAACGAGUGGCUGGGGAUCAGAAGUGAAGUGGAAGACCCGUAUUCCCUGGCCGAUGAAGAGGAGGUUGCCCACGAAGACGAGUGCACCUGGUACGUGGGCGACAUCAAGCGCGGCCAGGCGGAAGACCUGCUGAGGGGCCGGUGUGACGGCACCUUCCUCAUCCGAGGCAGCCAGACGCAGAAGGGAUCGUUCGCCUGCUCUGUGGUAGUGGAUGGGGACAUCAAGCACUGUGUGAUUUUCAAGACCUCGAAAGGCUAUGGCUUCGCUGAGCCCUACAACUUGUACUCCUCGCUGAGAGACCUGGUCCUGCACUACAGACAGACCUCCCUGGUCCAGCACAACGACCAGCUGAACGUGACCCUGGCCUGGCCAGUCCUCAGCCAGCAACCCAGAUGAAUCUGAAUUGGUGUGAAGCCAUGGCGACAGGCGACCGCGAGGCAACCCUUACUUGCUGGAACCGGAACUGCAACGCUUUUGCUGGGUCAUAGGAGGAUCUCAAGAUGCAACCUGCUAGUGCAUGAUUUCAACCUGGACUGGAUGAGUGGGUUGUUACCCUUUUGACUGUAAGUGGUUCAGUUUUCCCUCAUCUUGCCAUAACUCUACAGUGUUGGAGCCCAAGUAUAGUAACUGAUGUAGACAUAAAUAACUAAAUGACACCCCUAAUAUGAGCCACAACUAUAAGAUCAGGGAUCUUGAUAAUUUCAUUGAAGUUGGUAAACUUUGAAGGCUCUGGGCAUGGCCAUUUUCUUUGUAGGUUGUUAACACAAGUGCCUUUUUCAUCCUAUCCAGUCACUUCAAUUGUCUUUCCCCCUCCCUAAUGAGAUCAACAGAAAGCUGGCUCGUUCAGCACCUCGAGUCCUCUCCUCUAUAACACAGGGCUGCGGGAGAACUAUAUAGUCGUGGUACAGUAGCACAGGCCCGCAGCACUGUGUGCACAAUUUGGAUGGAGGGGGUCCUGUUGUCUCUUAGAUUGCCUUAGUGUGUGUUUGAAUGAUUGAUAGAUCACGUUCCCCAUAACAAAUGUAUUCUUCUACAUUUUGUAGCUGUGUGGAUCUUUACACACAGUGUAGUUUAUUACACCAUUUUGUCUCUGGGUUAUGUGUGUGUGUGUGUGUGUGUGUUGGUUAAUGGAUGCAUUAUACUAUAAGUAUACUUGAAAUCAACACUUGACAAACUGUGUAGUCGUGAACAUGGAGCAGUUGAUGAAGAUGAUGAUCCUAUACAGAGCUUUUUCAAGGCAGUGAAGAAAUUCAAGCUGAAAUCAAUAUUUCUUCUUCUGUUUUCGAGUAGCUAGAAAUGCAUUGUCUAAUACAGAGGAGGACAUGUUUCAAUAUGAAAAGAACAUUUUGCUUGUCGAAAACCAAUAGCACAUGCACAGAAUGUAUCUCCCUUCAUUGGAAGAUACUAUAUGCUAUUUUCAUGUGAAGCUUUUUGGUUCAGGAGAUGGAGAUUUUGUUACAUUGAUGCAGAUGUCAGUAUAAAGCGUUUUGGCAGUGAUGUAUUUUCCUAACACGCAUGGUUUGAUGAAAUUUUGCUAAAAUUCAAAACUGUUAAAAUGUGGGAAUAUUAUGCAUCCUGUUAGGUAGCAGAAGUGUCUACUUCGAGUUACACUAUAAUACUAUUUACUGUGUUGAGGCUAGUCCAGAUUUGACUAGACUUCAGAUUUGAAUAGUCUGACUAUGCGCCUUGAUACAGUGUAUAUGAAAGUACUGUAAAAAAGAAAGGCACAUCUACUGUACAUGCAGUGUAAGACAGUGACCAAAGUUUAGACAGUCUUAGACCAGAAAGCAGAGUAGAUGAAAAUGGUGACGUUUUCAAAUAUUUUAUGGUCUUUCUGUGGCUUGGACCUAUAUCUGAGAUAAAAAAUCUGAUAAUCUGUAUGAUUAUGCUGUGGAAAUAUUUUUUCUGUUUUAGAGUGUGUGUGUGAGUGGUUAAUAGUGACAUUUUAUAGGUUCCUGUAUUCACAGAAAUAAGCUAGUGACUGUAUAACAGUGUGGUGCUAGAUUUGGUAUGAAACACAUCUAUGAUCAGACUUGCCACAGUAACACAACAAAUUAUGAUGAUGAUAAUAAGAGGUGGCAGAGAUCCUGUAUGAAAUUAGAUUUUAUAAAAGGCUGUUUUAACUUCUAUGUUCAUUUUUUGUUGUCUGUUUAUAACCCAAAUACCUUGAAUACAUUUGUUCCCUUACGUUUUUAGAUUUGGUCUCUAAAUAACCAAAUCAAAAGAAAACAACAGUUUGAUUACUUCAGUAAAAGUUACGUGAAAUGAAACUUGUAUUGUUUCAUUAAGAUUUUUUCUUUUUACUUGUUUGUAGGACUACUGUGUUAAGUUAGCUUUCUUGUUUGUGCAAACAAAAAUACACAACUAGCAAAUACAGCCAUCUACAUUAUACAGUAAGAGUAACAUUUUUGCAGACACUUAACAAAUGUCUGCAAAAUGUCCGCAAAUAAGUCAAGAUUCCCUUAAAAGUCUUUGAGAUACUAUUUUUCUGCUAGGUUUUGACAUGCCCCUGGCUGUCUAGUACAACAGUCCACACAUGGUGGUAUGCAGUUCUUUGACUGAUCUCUGCUGGAGAAGAGAUGUAAAUGUUGAUUUCAUUUUGCAGAAGAAUAAAUGUCAUGGCAAAAA